AUGGCGGAACCGACGAAAGUCGACACCGGAGAAACGAAACAUGAGGUUGACCCCUCCACUGAAAACCUCAAUGGGUCGGCCCAGCCAACAGCUCCGGAAGCCACGGUGAAAGAUGCGGCCACCGCGACCGUCCCGGCCACCGAAAAUGCUCCCAAAGUAGCUAUCUGCAAGAAACACCCGGACGCCAAAGCAGACAACCAGAAGAGGAAAAAGAAGAAGAAGAAGAGCAAGAAGAAGAAGCAGGAUGCCUCCGACAGCGACUCUACCGAGUCCAGCUCCUCCUCCUCUUCGGAAUCUUCCUCCUCAUCCUCCGCCUCCGACAGCGACUCGGACUUGGACGAUGCCGACUCUGAGUCCAUCGCCAGUGACUCCGAGCCAGAUCGCCGCAAGCGGCACCGGCUGCGAGCCAAGGCCCGGGCCAAACGGGCCCUCCGGGACAAGAAACGCCGCAAGAAGCGCAAGUUGCGGUCGCGCAAACUCGUUGAGACCGAUUCCGACUCAGAGAUCCCCUCCGACGGCGACUCCGACGCUGAGGAGUCGGAGGACAUCGAGGAUGCGGACGAGAAGGCCCUUCGCAAGCUGAUGGCACGCAUCAAGCUCAAGAAGCGCGCCAAGCGACUUCGCAACCAGUCCAACGACGAUCUUGAUCUGAGUGACCCGGCCGGCGAGAGUCGGCGGGACAAGCGCUCGAAGAAGAAAAAGCCCGCCUCUAAAGUGGCUUUCAAGCGGGUGGAUCAACUCUGGGAUAGCACCAUCCACAAGUACAAACUCACCGAAACGGUCGACGAUCCCGAUGCCGACGAGUGGGACCAGUACAUCUUCACCGUCCGUCGCAAGUUCAACUGGGAAAAUAAGUAUCUCGAGACCGUGGUCGACAUCAAGAGUAAGCACCUACGCGAUGCACUCGCCAAAGUCAUGGACGGGGUCAAGGGCGUCAGUUUGGUGCAGGAGCCCGCCGUGGUCGACCCCAACAUGCUGUUCUUGUAUCUGGAGGAGACCCGGCAGUAUAUGAAGGAGCUGAAGCGACAGUCACGCAAAGAGAAGAAGAGGAAGGCUCGGAAGAGCGCGGCCGCAAAAGCCGCGCAUCUGAAGGUGCUCGUCAAGUAUCUCGACACCGACUAUGCCGAUACUAAAAAGACCCUGUAUCCGCUGCUGGAGGCCAAUACUAUCACAUUUGACCUCCUCUGGGCCCUGUUCAAGCCGAACACCAUCGCGUACACCCCGACCUACGGCAACGCCGACGAGCCCCGGGCCUUCAAGAUCGAAUAUGCCAUCAAAGAAUCCUCCUUCAUGAAGGGUCAGUGGUACAGCGUGGAAGGGCGGUAUCUUGAAUACGACGGAAAGGACUUUGGAUUCGGCUCCAUGUCGGCCGAGGUUGAAUCGUUCAAGGGCGCCCGCAAGAUCACCAGCCUCGCGUGUUAUCCGCUACAGUAUCACCGUGAUUCAGAGGCACUCCGUUCUCGUCUUGUCGAACGAGGCAAGCGAUUCGUCGCGCUCCGGGGCAUGAACUACCGUUUCCACAAGGGUAUGGCGUUUUACAAGAAAAAGCGCUCCUUCGUGAUCAAGGUGAAUAUCAAUGGGCGGGUCAUGAUCGACCCGGCUAUCCAUCGACGCAUCAAUCCCAACUACCCCAUAAGCACCGUCCGACCCAAAGAUCCAGACCUACUAGAUGGCUCGGAGGCCGGCUUCAGCGAUGCCGAGGAGGAUGGGAGCGAUGCCUGCUGCUGCGGUGGGUCUGACUCGGACUCCGAGAAUGGGUUGUGGAGGGCGACGAUGGGACGCCCCGUGUGGUGGAGGUGGAGGUGGACGAGAACGGGAACGAGAUCCACAAGGGAGAAAAUGGACCGCAUCGAAGGCGACGCGGCCGAGAAUCAGGAGCGAGAGUUCACGGAGGAGGAUCCGGUGGUGCUGGGAUUUGCGUUCAGCGAGAAGCUGUGGCUCGAAUUCACCAUCUCGGGCAUCAGCGAUAUCGAGUGGAAUGCCGACGCCUUCGACUCGCUGGUCCUGCCGAGCAACCAGAAGUCCAUCGUCAAGGCGCUCGUCGAGUCGCACACUUUCCAUGCAGCGGAAAACAUUGACGAUGUGAUCCAGGGCAAGGGUAAAGGCCUUGUCGCCGUCCUGCAUGGACCCCCCGGUACUGGAAAGACCCUGACGGCCGAGGGAAUUGCCGAGCUCUUGCGACGCCCACUGUACAUGGUCAGUGCCGGCGAGCUAGGAACAGACUCCCGCACGCUGGAAGGCGAACUGAACAAAAUUCUGGACAUCGCGCACUCCUGGGGCGCCGUGCUCCUCCUUGACGAAGCAGACAUCUUCCUUGAGAAGCGCACCAUCCACGACAUUCACCGAAAUGCGCUGGUCAGCAUCUUCCUGCGACUUCUAGAAUACUUCCAGGGUAUCCUGUUCCUGACCACCAACCGCGUCGAGACCUUUGACGACGCCUUCCAGUCUCGCAUCCACGUCGCCCUCCGGUACGGUGACCUCACGACCAAGGCCAAACGUAGCAUCUGGAAGAUGUUCCUGGAACGAGUGCGCGCCAUCGAGGGCGUGCAGACGGCGACAUUUUCCGAGGACGACUACGAUAUGCUUGCUCGGCAUACAUUGAAUGGUCGCCAGAUCAAAAAUUCCGUUCGUACGGCACAGGCUCUGGCCGUAAACGAGAGCUCGCCCCUCUCCAUGGACCACAUCAAACGAGUCCUCGAGGUGGCCGAGACCUUUGACCAUGACUUGCGCGGCGGAACGGGCUACUUAGAUGCGAUGCGCAGUUACACUUGA